UUUUCAGUGUGAACGAGCUGAUACUUUAUUGGACCGCAGUUUGCUUGCUAGUGUGAAUAGGGUUAAUGUCACCUUCAAAUACCCUUGUCUGUGUAGUAUAAAUCACUUCAUUCGAAGUACACAUUUGUUUACAACCGCAAUGCAACUUUUAGCAAUCACCUUCGUCUUGGCAGGUUUUAUCUGCCUUAUGGUAGAUGCAGAAGAAUGUCAGUGUCCCACGCCAACCUGUCACAUCACCUGUCCAGGAAAAUCUAAAACCAAAGUAGCAUUCUCCGCCAUGUGUACUACAAAUCUGAUAAACGGCAACGCCGCUGCUGAUCUUACAUUUCAAAAGACCCUGACAAAUCUUGGACGAGGCUUCGAUGACGUCUCCUCAUUCCAUGCACCGGUCGACGGAACCUACUUCUUCACUUUCGCUAUUCACAGCGGUGACAGAAAUGCAAGAGUGUACCUGCGCACCAAUGCCGGCUACGUGAAUGAAGCCUUUGGGUCCGCGGGCUAUCAUACCUCGACCAACCAGGCCAUACUACGUCUGCAGAAGGGAGACAGGGUGUGGCUCCAACAGCAACCGAAUGGAUCUACGGUUAGCGCUGCAGAGCACAUUCAUGUCUCCUUUAAUGGGUUCCUUUUGUAUGAAGAUUAACAAGCACAUAAACAAGCAGAAGAUGGCGUGCUCAUUUGCAAGUGCACACCCAUCAACAAACACACACACACACACACACACACACACACACACAAGCAACCACAUACGCACCAUCACAUGGACUGUAUGUUGUAUCGAAAAUAGGAACGAGAAAGAACAACUGCAAAAUAGUCACUAAUGGUCAAAAUAUUUCAGUCUACCAAAUAAAUAGUUCAUAAAACUUGAAUAUAUAAUUCUUCUCCUAAUUUCUAUUAAGAAUCAUUAUCAUUAUGGUAAUUAUAUGUGUUCUGUACACGUUAACGACUUCUAUGACUACUUCUUGAACAAUAUUUUUAUCCUGAAAUAAAAUGAUAGAUAAACCGAUA